AUGGAGGAAAUAUGGUGGGUUCUGGUGGCUACGGCGGCAGCGGCAUUGCUGAUACCCUUAAUAGUCUUCUGCAAACCACUACUCUUCGCGAAGAAAAUAGCUGAAUCUCCGGAACCAGAAGAAGAAGAAGAAGUAUCGCAAUCCGUAGAGUUGUCAACUCCUUCUGAUUCGCCCUCACAGCUUCCCGUCGGGGCAUACGAGGUGUUUCUGAGCUUCCGAGGUCCCGACACUCGCCUCACGUUCACCGAUUUCCUCUACACCUAUCUGGUCCAAGCCAAGAUCCGAACUUUCAGGGACGACGACGAGCUCCGCAAGGGGGAGACUAUUGGGCCUGAACUCACCAAGGCCAUUGAAGAGUCCAAGAUUGGGAUCCCAAUUUUCUCCCCUGACUACGCCUCCAGCAAAUGGUGCCUCCAGGAGCUUGCCCAAAUGGUGGACUGCAAGAGAAAGAAAGGGCAGGUCAUUUUGCCCAUUUUCUAUUAUGUUGAACCCACCGAUGUAAGGCAUCAGAGAGGGAGUUACAAGCAGGCAUUUGAGCAGCACAGCAAGAGGUUUGAUAAGAAGACGGUGGAUGAAUGGAAGGAUGCUCUGGAAGAGGUUGGAGCAUUGAAAGGAUGGGUCGUGAAGGACUCAACUUGGCAAGGAGCUACAAUUGAGAAUCUGUUUUCGGCUGUAUGGUCGGCAUUGAGGAGGGAGUACGUGUUAGUGACUGAUAACUUGGUUGGCAUUGAACAUCAUGUAGAAGAAAUGAUCAAAUUACUGGAUUUGGACUCUGAAGAGGUGAAAAUUGUUGGGAUUCAUGGUUUAUGUGGGAUCGGCAAGACAACUAUAGCCAAGGCUGUUCACAACAAACUCUUUGAACAGUUUGAUCAUUGUUGCUUUUUGGAAGACGUACGAGAAACGCUACAAGAACAUGGGGGCAUUGUCAAGUUGCAAAACACACUCAUCUCUAGCAUCUUGAAGAUGGACGCUAACGUUGAUAAUGCUAGUCAAGGAAUCAACAUGAUGAGAAACAGAGUCUGCAAGUACAAACUUCUGAUAAUUCUAGAUGACGUGGAUACGAAAUUUAAAUUCGACAAUAUCUUAGGAAAGAGGGACUGGUUUUCCCCCGGUAGCAGGAUAAUUAUUACAACGAGGGAUAGAAAAGUCCUUAAUCUUCUUAAGGUGAAUGAUAGAUAUGAACCCCCUGCAAUGAAUCCAGAACAUGCUCUUCAACUUUUCAGCAAGCAUGCCUUUGGUAAGGAUGCUCCUCCAGAAGACUAUGCAGAACUAUCUUCUGCCAUUGUGUCAACUGCAGCAGGGGUUCCUUUGGCCCUUAAUAAUGUAGGGUCAUAUUUGUGCGGUGAAGAUAGAGAAGUGUGGGAAGAAACAUUGACGAGGUUGAAAGAAAAAGCCAGCGAGAAUUGCAACAUGAUAAGUUGAGGUCCUUGGUGAAGGUUGGAGCAUUCAUACAUGGUCAGCUUAAUGACCUUGAUGGAGCUAUUAUCCGUGAAGAAAAUAUUGACGAGCUGAGGAAGCAUAAUUGAUUGUGGUCUAAUGAAGAUACUUUGGUUGUGCUAAAGAGCAAGAAGCAGUCGACGCCGGUUAAAGCCCUUCGAGUCAACAUGCAGUUGAAUUUGCAGAAUGGUUUUGGUUGCUGCAGACAGAAACACUAUAUAGGAGACUUAACGAUCAGCCCGUGGCUGCUACCAUCCAACUGGAGACAUCUCUGUAGUUGAAAGGGUUGGUUUUGACUCCAGAGCAAGCAUGCCUUUGGAAAGGAUUCUCCUCCAGAAGAAAAUGCAGAACUAUCUUCUGACAUUGUACCAACUGCAGCAGGGUUUCCUUCAGCCCUUAAGGAUGUAGGGUCACGUUUGUCCGGAGAAGAUAGAGCAGUGUGGGAAGAAAUCUUGAUGAAGUAGAAAGAUAAAGCCAGCGAGAACGGCAGCAUGAUAAGUUGAGGACCUGAGGUAACUUCUGUGGUACUAAUCAUGAACAAAUACAGAUGUUUCUUGACAUUACAUGAUUCUUGACUAGAAAGAAUGAAGAAAUUGCUUCGCACAUUUGGCAUGACUGUGUAUCUUACAAGAAACAGUCAUCCUUUUCCGUAGGUCAUUGGUAAAGAUAGGGAAAAUAUAUUAAGUUUAGGAUGCAUGAUUGGCUUAAUGGCCUUGGUGGAGCUAUUAUCCGUGAAGAAAAUACUGAAGAGCCAACGAACCAUGGUUGAUUAUGAUCUAAUGAAGAUGCCUUGGCUUUGCUAAUCGAGAAGCUACUGUCUGGCAGCUUUGAAUGUUCAUAGACUGACCAAGGGGUGGCUCGAGUGAUAAGGCUUGCGGGUUAGCACGGUGUGCUCCCUGGUUCUAAUCCCUCAGCUUUUCCAUUCUAAGGAAAUCCUUUGGCGGCCACCAGCAGGGCUAUAACACUUGAGAAUUUCAGAUGGUUUGAGCUCGAAAUUUGAGUAUUUCAGAAGGUUUCAUCUUGAACUUGCUCAAGAUUGACACCAUUGAAGUUCUUCAGUCUCUGGAAGCGCUAGAACAUUUUGAGAUCAGUGUGCCUUCAGUUGAUUAUUAGAUUUCCUUGUUUGUCCUAGUUAAUUAAGUUAGAAUUUCUAUUCGUAAAAAAGAUGCAGUCUUUAGAUGAGAUUGAGACCCUCAGGCCUCAGGGGCUUGAAGCUAUUGGACCUAUUGGCAUAUUGGUGAGUUAUAAGCAGGCACAUGAGUAGCACAAGAAGAAUUUCUACCUGUAUCUGGUUAAUUCUUGGCUUAAAAUUGCUUAAACAAAUGAUACCACACUGCCUUGUAAACAGGUUUAUGUCAGACAUAAAAUAGUCAGAGCUUGUUCAUGCUCCAGAAAUAUGGUCUUCUCUAAAGUCUGCCUUUCAAUAUGCAUACAAAGUUAUACUUUUUAGACAAUUGCUUCUGUUAUACUUUGAAGAAAGGUAAAUGAUGGGUAUGGUCGCUGCAGACAGAGAUGACACAUGGGAGAAGUGAAGAAGAGCCAGUGGCUGCUAUCAUCCCAGAUGGAGAUACCUUAGCAGUUAAGUUCAGAUGUAAUGGCUUUACAUCUGGUUACCUGGUUUUUAGAAUGAUGCUAGAAUGGCAUUCAUAACUCUGGUUACCUGGUUUUUAGAAUGAGAACUAGGAGCUCUUUAGAUUUCUUCUGAGUAAUGCA